UAGAAGAGCACAGCCCCCUCCCUCCUCGCCUGAGCCCACCCGCCGUGCCCCACACACAUCAUCUCCCCUGCGUCCCGCCCUCCCAAGCACGGACUCUCUGUCUUUGUGCCUCCUCUAGUAAAAUUUGUUCUUCGACCGAAAACCUCCAUCAAAGGCAUCUUUUUCCUAGGGUUUCUCAUUUGAAAGAAACCCUAGAACUAUCAAACGUCUAUGAAGGUCAGUUCUUCUUUUCUCCGCCUGACCUGAAUAGUUGCUGUCGUCUUCGGGAUGGAGAACGAGGUCAUCGAAUUCGAUAUAGGUUUGGGCGGAGGAGGUAACAUUGGCCGCCCUGGAGAUGAUGAUGCAUUUGACAUUGAGCACCCUCUCGAUGACGACGACAUGCCCGAUAGCCCACUUCCGUCUACUGCAAAUUCUGGUAUUUUUAAUGCUUCUGCUUAUGGUAAUGGUGGCGGUGGCGAAAUAUACCUUCCGGAAGGGGACCUGUUGGAUCUAGAACCGUAUGAAGGAAUGGAAUUUGCGUCGGAAGAGGCCGCUAAAGCCUUCUACAAUUCAUAUGCUCGCCGUGUCGGCUUUAGUACUCGCGUCAGCUCCUCUCGCCGAUCAAGGCGUGACGGUGCUAUUAUACAGAGGCAAUUCGUCUGUGCCAAGGAGGGGUUUAGGAAUUUGAAUGAGAAGCGAACCAAGGACAGAGAGAUCAAGCGUCCUAGGACUAUCACUCGAGUCGGUUGCAAAGCCUCCUUGUCCGUGAAGAUGCAAGAUUCUGGGAAAUGGGUUGUUUCGGGAUUCGUCAGAGAGCAUAACCAUGAGUUGGUUCCUCCUGAUCACGUCCAUUGCCUUCGUUCUCAUAGGCAAAUCUCAGGGCCUGCGAAGACCUUGAUUGAUACCUUGCAGGCUGCUGGAAUGGGGCCUCGUCGGAUCAUGUCUGCCUUGAUCAAGGAAUAUGGUGGGAUAAGUAAAGUUGGCUUUACAGAGGUUGAUUGUAGGAACUACAUGCGAAACAAUCGGCAAAAGAGCUUAGAAGGGGACAUUCAGCUCCUUUUGGAUUACUUGAGGCAAAUGAAUGCAGAUAACCCCAAUUUCUUCUAUGCUGUGCAAUGUGACGAGGAUCAGUGCAUGAGCAAUGUUUUUUGGGCUGAUCCUAGGGCCAUGAUGAACUAUACUUUCUUCGGAGACACAGUUACCUUCGAUACGACUUACCGAUCUAACAGGUACCGUUUACCUUUUGCCCCAUUCACUGGAGUGAACCAUCAUGGACAGCCUGUGUUGUUUGGUUGUGCCUUCUUAAUAAAUGAAUCCGAAACAUCAUUUAUUUGGCUCUUUAAUAGUUGGCUGAUGGCAAUGUCUGGUCGCCUUCCUGUGUCUUUCACCACUGAUCAUGAUUCAGUGAUACGAUACGCCAUCACCCAAGUUUUCCCACAAACUCGUCACCGGUUCUGCAAAUGGCACAUCUUUAAAAAAUGCCAGGAGAAGUUGUCCCAUGGAUUUCUCAGACAUCCAACUUUUGAAGCAGAUUUCCAUAAAUGUGUUAACUUGACCGAGUCAAUUGGGGAAUUUGAAUCUUAUUGGUUGUUAAUGGUUGAUAGAUUUGAACUUAGGGAGUAUGAGUGGCUUGAAACAAUUUACUUAGAUCGCAAGCAAUGGGUCCCUGUAUAUUUACGAGAUACCUUUUUCGCAGAAAUGUCCAUAACCCAGAGAAGUGAUAGUAUGAACUCGUACUUUGAUGGGUAUGUGAAUGCUUCAACCAAUUUAAAUCAGUUCUUUAAGCUUUAUGAGAAAGCUCUUGAAAGUCGGAACGAGAUAGAAGUAAAAGCUGAUUAUGAUACAAUGAACACUUCUCCUGUUUUGAAGACUCCGUCUCCUAUGGAGAAACAAGCAUCCGAAUUUUAUACAAGAAAACUAUUCACUAGAUUUCAAGAUGAGCUAGUGGGGACACUAACACUUAUGGCAUCUAAGGCCAAUGAUGAUGGGGGCACCAUUACAUAUCAAGUGGCGAAAUUUGGGGAGGAUCUUAAAGCUUACCAUGUUAAGUUCACUGUUUUGGAGAUGAAGGCAACUUGUACUUGCCAGAUGUUUGAAUUCUCCGGUCUUCUUUGCAGACAUAUAUUGGCGGUCUUUAGAGUGACCAAUGUGCUCACUCUCCCAUCUCAUUACAUUUUGAAACGAUGGACCAGAAAUGCUAAGAGCAGUAUUAUAUUGGAAGAACGUACUUCUGAUCGAUAUGCAAGUUAUCUAGAAUCUCAUACUGUCCGGUACAAUUCCUUACGUCAUCAGGCCUUCAAAUUUGUAGAAGAGAGUGCAAAGUCUCUUGAAACCUAUGAUAUUGCAAUGGCUGCUCUGCAAGCGGCUGCAAAAAAAGUUGUUCUUGCAAUAAAGAAUGAGUGUAGAAUUGCUUCCGUUAAUGGACGUGUUAAGGGGGACUCUUCAACUGAUGGAAGUCGAGCCAAGAAUACCAGUGGGAAUCAUUAGGGAAUCUCUAGUCAACAUUUAUCUGAGGAUAAGAUGGACAAGAAGAUUCGGGAGCUUACCAAUGAAUUGGAGUUUGCCAAUAGGAAGUGUGAAGUUUAUCGGGCUAACCUCCUUUCAGUUUUGAAAGACAUUGAGGAUCAUAGGCUACAAUUGUCCAUCAAAGUACAGAACAUAAAAAUUAGUAUGAAAGAUGGCUUCUAAAGGUGCAUAGCAGCCUUUUCACUCUAGUCUCUUCCUCAAUGCCACUUUCCCCCUCUAACCAAGUCCAAGCUUAUAUAUACACUUGAAGAUAGUUUUAUGAAUGAGGCAGUUUAUCGGUCUUUGGAUGGUGCAGAAAUUAUACUCUGCAAAAUGCGUAUGCUCAUACCAAGAGGGAAACUAGCAGUCCAUGUCAAAGAUACUUUGUUACAGGGGCGGCAUAAUGUCUGGGGAUAAGUGUGUCAGGAAAGGUAGAUGAAGUUGUAAAACCCGACUGCAACGGCAGUAAUGAUGGGAAAUGCAUGGAUAACUUUUUCAAUCAAGGUCAACAUCUUCAGUUCUGCAUCUUCUAGUUGAGGGUAUAGAAUCUUCUUUUGGAUUAUAGUUGCUUUCUUUCUUUUGUUUUGAGAAAAUGAUUUGAUGAAAGGUUGACGUAUUAUUUAUUUAUGUUCUGUUGGGAUGUGAUGAGGAAUUCUCGAAUGUCAUUAUAAAUUUCUUUAUGGAUGUUUUGUCUACAAUGUUCGUGACAAGUUGACGAAGGUUUUAAAGUACUCCGCGUAUGUUGGUUGAGCUUUAUUUUGGGUAAAUAGUUCGCAACAGGUAUUGAUGAUGACAGGCGGAAGGGGAAGACAGAUUUUAUGUUUUUAGUCCAGCAAGGAGUAUGCAAAAUCCAAUGGACGAAGGUGAUGUUAAAAUCAGUCAACAGGUGCUUUUCUUGAUGGAUUUUUUUGACCGCCUACACCCGUUGAUCCAUCUGGGUGCUGGGUUAGCGGGCAGUUAUGGAGCAUUACUUCUGCAGAAUAUCCAGCUUCCCUAUCCUCACAUCAUUCUUAAUACAGCUCCUGCAGAAUAUCCAGCUUCCCUAUCUCACACCAAAACGACGCUUCAUGGCAGCUCGAUUAAAGUCCAAUCAUCACUGAGGAGAAAUAUUUUAUAAGGAGGUAUGAUAGGAAAGAAUCUACAACCCAUACUCAGCUUAUAAUACUAUGGUUGAGCUGAUGCAAUGUAUGGCACGAUAUGAAGGUAGCUGCUCGCAAUGAUUUUAAUUUGAUUUAAUUAAACAAAGGGGUUCAGCCUUAUUUGUGUACUAAUUUUUAUUGGAACAGCCGUCCCCUCCAAGCAUAGUGUAACUUAAUAAGGUCAAGAAUUCCAUUCCCUUUUGAGUUUAUA